AUGGAGAUUGACGGCGAUGAAGAUGAGUACGAGGGAGAGGAGAUUUCAGAUGAUAUCGAUCAUAUGGAGAUUGACGGCGAUAAAGAUGACUACGAGGAAGAGGAUGACUACGAGGAAGAGGAUGACUACGAGGAAGAGGAUGACUACGAGGAAGAGGAGGACGCGGAUGACUACGAGGAAGAGGUGGAUUAUCAUGAUCUAGGCGACAUGAGUCCAGUCGACUAUUAUUCAGGAAGGGGCAACCGACUAGAGGUGAGCACCCUCAAGUCGAACGAGAACAUGUGGAAUGCAUUGAAAAACGAGGUGUCUGUAGUUCUGGAUGCAAGGGGAUAUACUUGCAUUGGACCAGGCUUGAACCUUCGUCGGGAUCUUGUCCAAGAACCAUGCCCAGAGCAGGUAGUAAUCGACUUGGACACUGCCUCGUUGAAACACUUCAACAAGGGUUCUGAUGCUGCUUUCUUGAUGCUUCGUACCCGAUGCUACAAAUGCCAUUUCGAGUUUUCCAUGCACUAG